AUGGGCAAUGAGACUGCUAGAAAUAAUAUGGAGACUGAAUCAGUAAAAUCGGAAAAUAGCUCUAAGUCAAGACGAUCAAGAAGCCACAGAGAUAGAAGCAGUAAUUACAGACAUCAUUCUCAUCGUAGUACAAGGAGCAGUAGAUCAAGAAGAAACGACGACAUGGCCCCUUUUCAGACUGCAGUGACCCUAACGCCCGAUAACAGAGACGGACAAGAAGUGAUAGAAGUCCAAAUCCUCCCUCAAGAUGAUAACUGGGGAGAAAAUACCACUGCUAUUACAGGAAAUACCUCUGACCAGUCUGGAUCGGCCGAAGAUGUUUGCAAUUGGCCCGGUGAACCUGACACAGGUUUAGGCUUCAUGUGCCAGAGAUACAUAUCAACCACAGUAACAUAUGUCUUAUCCCUUAUGGCUUUUUUGAGUCCCAUUGCAAUGGUCGUUUUGCCUAAAUUAGGUUUCUUUCCCGAUCUAUCUCUAAGAGUAGGACUCGCCGAUAGCUCAAAAUUGCUGGCUUGCGGUGCUGAAUGUAAAGGUCAGCUGGUAUCCUUAGCUUUUAAGAUAGCUAUACUGGCUAUCGGCGCUUGGGCGGUGUUUUUGCGGAAAUCUCAAGCAACAUUACCGAGAUUCUUUUUAUUCAGAACUGGUAUCUUGGUCGUUAUUAUGGUAUGCACUUUGGCCUAUUGGCUUUUUUAUAUUGUUCAAGUAACUGAAACUGCCAGAGCGGCCACGACUCCCGAAGAAACUGUCGACUAUAAAGCUUUAGUAGCCUACGCCUCGAGCCUGACGGACACUCUUUUAUUUAUUCAUUAUUUAGCAGUAGUUUUAGUUGAAAUAAGACAUUUGCAACCCAUGUACUACAUAAAGAUUGUCAGGAGUCCCGAUGGUGCUAGCAGUGCAUUCGGCAUUGGCCAGUUAAGUAUUCAAAGAGCGGCCGUUUGGGUGCUGGAAAAAUAUUACACCGAAUUUCCCAUUUACAAUCCCUAUUUGGAGCGCAUACCGGUGUCCAAAUCCAGGAAGACUUCCUCCAGUUUUAAAUUCUACGAGGUAGACGGUAUCAACAGUUCUCAAAUACAGCAAUCCCAGUCGAGAGCUAUGCUGGCUGCGCACGCUAGAAGACGCGAUUCCAGCCACAACGAGAGGUUCUACGAAGAGCACGAGUACGAAAGGAGAGUGAAGAAGCGCAGGGCGAGGUUGAUCACAGCCGCAGAGGAGGCUUUCACUCACAUCAAGCGUUUGCACAACGACCAAGUGUCGUCUAUACCAAUGGAUCCCCACGAGGCGGCUCAAGCGAUAUUUCCCUCUAUGGCUAGGGCGUUGCAGAAGUAUCUGAGAGUGACCAGACAACAACCCAGGCAUUCUGUCGAGAGUAUUUUGAACCACUUGGCGACUUGCUUGAGCAACGAUUUAACGCCGAAAGCGUUCCUCGAGCCGUACUUGGUGAGCAAGCCGGUGUUGCAAAAUGAAAAGGAAAAGAAGGACGUGCAAACGUGGGCUUUGAUUUGCGAAGAAAUUUUAACGAGACCCAUCGGCGACGGAGUGUUCUUCCAGUUAAGACAGAACGACGUGUCGCUGUUGUGCAAUAUUAGAAAAUUACCUCAUUUCAAUAUAACCGAGGAGGUCGUCGAUCCGAAGAGCAACAAAUUUGUAUUGAGAUUAAAUUCUGAAACCUCCGUAUGA